UUCGUACAAAACGCAAACGUUAGUUUGUCUCCAUUGGGAUAGCGGCUGCGUAAAAAAGAGUAUAGUCAAGUCUUGGAAAAGCUACAGAAGAAUUCGCUAAAAUGUCGCGUUUCGUUCGUGCGUCCAAAUACCGUCACGUCUUUGGAAAUGCUACCAAGCGCGACCAAUGUUACGACAAUGUUAAGAUUUCGCGUAACGCCUGGGAUACCAACCUUGUCAAGGCCAACCCAUUGUUCAUUUCCGUAAACUUGGAAGCGGGAGGAGGUGGUGCAUUUGCGGUCAUUCCACAUGGAACCACCGGAAAGUUACCCGAAACACUUCCAGUAUACAACGGUCACACUGCUGCUGUGCUUGACACCGAUUUCAACCCUUUUAAUGACCAUGUUGUCGCAUCUGCGUCCGAAGAUACCAAGGUUAUGGUUUGGACGAUUCCUGAGGGAGGCCCGACUGAGAGCAUUUCCACUCCAGCUCUGACUUUGACUGGACACGGGCGGAAGGUCGGCCAUGUCCUCUUCCACCCCACCGCGGACAACCUUCUUGCCAGUUCUAGUGCGGAUUUCACGAUCAAACUCUGGGAUAUCUCUAAAGGAGCGGAAAAACAAGAGCUUACUGGCCACACCGAGAUUAUCCAAGCAUUGUCUUGGAACUACGACGGUACCUUGCUGGUCACAACGUGCAAGGACAAGAAACUCCGAGUGUUUGAUGUUCGGGCUAACAAAGUCGUCCAGGAAACCAAUGGACACCAAGGUGUCAAAGGUGCUCGCGUGACGUGGAUGGGCAACAGCAACCGUAUUUGCACUACGGGCUUCAGCAGAACCAGUGAUCGUCAAGUUUUCAUUUACGAUUCGAACAACUUGGCCGAGCCCCUUAAACAGGAGACCAUUGACACGGCUUCUGGCAUGUUGAUGCCUUACUACGAUGGUGACACGAGCAUGCUGUACCUGGCGGGCAAGGGUGAUGGAAACAUCCGCUACUACGAAUGGGUGGAUGAUGAAAAGGGUCUUUACUUCCUUUCCGAGUACAAAUCAGCUGAACCUCAACGUGGCAUCGGAUUCUUACCCAAGCGUGCUGUAUCUGUCAAUGAAACGGAGAUUGCACGUGCGUACAAAGUUCAUCCCACUCUUGUUGAGCCCAUUUCUUUCAAAGUCCCCCGUAAGUCGGACGCCUUCCAAACGGACCUGUACCCAGAAACCAUUGGUCCGGAGCCCGCCUUGACCGUUGAUGAGUUCUUUGCCGGCAAAACCGCGCAGCCCAAGCUUAUCAGCUUGGAGACCGGGUUCACUGCUGCACCCGCCAAGGAGUUUGUAACAACUGCUCCUGUAGUGGAGGCGGGCGCCGAGAAGCUCCCAUCGACAGAAAAGGAGUACCAAGACGCGUACCACACCUUGCGAAAGGACAAUGAUGACCUUAAAAACCAGCUUUCACAACGCGAUGCACGGAUACGUCAACUUGAAGCUCAAUUGGAAGGCUUGCUGAAGAAAUAAACUUUCUCGCAAUGAAUUGUGCAUGGGUUCCAGGGACUCUCGUCAUACCCAUGUGGUUGGGCCGUAAAGGGAAACGGUUUGAUCACAGCCAUUUGUUUUGCUUUAGACUGUGAGGGUUUGCGUUUGUUUUUUUUUUCUCUAGGGUAGUCUUUUAUUUGGAUGCGCGGGAAUGUUUCAGCCGUGAAAGUGUUUGUUUGAGCGAUUUAGGUAGCGGACUUAAUAAAAUUAAGUUUCUUGA